UCGCCGCGUGCGGACGUAUUGUGUACCGUUUUACGCCGGGCGUGUUUUUACCGGGCAUGUAAAUGAAUAAUUGAUGAAAACGCUUUCCCUCACGAACCCCGGUGCAAGGUGUAUUUGAACUGUGGGAUAAGGCCUCGUUUCGGAUGCACUGUGUAUUUUACAGGCGUGCUAUGAGCACAUAGCCAACAUGUGGUACCUGCUACUGCUAUUGCCGCUGGUGGCGGCGUCGGAAGACACCUGCAACCCCGACAAGAUGACGGUCUACCGCAUGGUGCUGCACACGUACUGGACGAGAGACAAGUUUCCCAAGCACUACCCGGAUUGGAGGCCGCCGGCGCAGUGGUCGAGGGUGUAUGGUGUAUCCCACAGCCGGCAAUACGUGCUGUUCCGCCUGGGCCGGCGCGUGCCGGUGCCGAUCAAGCAGUUCGCGGAGUCCGGCCGAACGGACGCGCUGUCGUCCGGCCCGGGCACCAUGGACGUGUUCGGUGCGCCGGCGAUCACGCAGGGCGCGGGACGGACGGAGGCGGAGUUCUUCGUUGACGGGAAUCAUUCUAGGGUGUCUGUGAUGGCUCGUAUGGUGCCGUCUCCUGACUGGUUCAUCGGAGUCGACAGCUUCGAUCUUUGCGUUGACGGCAACUGGCUCGACAGCAUCACUAUAGAGGUGGAUCCGUUAGACGCGGGCACCGACAACGGGUUUACCUUCACUGCACCGAACUGGCCAACAGCACCCCAGGGGGUCGCGUACCGCAUCACUUCCAAGUACCCCUCUCACCCCGCUGGGUCGUUCUUCUACCCACACCUCAGACGGCUACCCCCGAUAGCUACUUUCCAAUUUAUCAAGCUCCGCGAAUAUGAGCUGUCGGAAGUGUUCCAUCGGGACAGCGAUGAACGGAAAUACGAUGUAUUGAACUUGGAUAAGCUGAACCACAACAGCAUAGACAUGCCGGACGGAAACCGCGCGUUGAAUAUAGCUGAGGAGGUGGAACGAGAGGAGGCGCCGAGGAUCUACGCUGAUGGAUCUCUGACUACUCCAGACAGCGCGUACUCUUAUUAUACUUUGACGAACAACACAGUAUCCACGGAGGAGCCUCGCUCAGCCAACGAGCUGCCCACAGCCACCACGGCAGCUGACCGGUCAGCGCUGCGCAGCAUGGCUCGCCGGUACAGAGCGCGGCGCAGGCGCCCCAGGCCAGACAGUGCAGACCCCGCGCAGAGGAGGAAGCGAAAAAGAGCAAGACUACUAGACUGCCGCGUAUCAGAAUGGGGCGAAUGGAGCCCGUGCAAGAACGACGGCAGCUGCGUGGGUUCCGCGCUGCGCACGCGCCGCAUCAUCCGUCGGGCGAGGCCCGGUGGCAGCGCCUGUCCCCCCACAGCCCAAUCCCGCUGGUGUGCCACAGACUGCUCCCACGACGACUGGCGAAACAACCUCACGUAAUUCCAUUUUCAAAUUCCAGAUUUUUUCAAUUCUCAGUUUCCUGUUACUUUUGUCUCUGUGUCUCCGUCCAAAUUUUCGUUCAGCUGUCGACCCUAUUCGAUGUAAAUUGGCGUGUAAAAAUAUGUACAAAUAAAAGACGAUCGUCAACAUUCUAGAAAUUUGCUGCGAGGAUUGUGGCACAUCAAUUAUUUCAUGUAUUUUAAGGCGAGUGUCGCAUGCGAUAUUUUAUCGAAGGGUUGAAUUCCUCGAUAUCGUAGGAAAGUUACAAGACUCGAACUCUGUGUAUCGUUGGAUUAGAUGUAAUAUAUUGUAAGUAUAGCAGAUAUCGAAACCACCUCAUUUGCCUUUUCGAAGUCGCUAGAGACUUUACCUACAAUAGUCCGCAUGGGUAGUCAAUUAGUAGAGAUCAGUAAAGAUACAUAUCGCUUAAGUCUUCACGUUCGUGGCGGUCAAUCAUGUAGCAAGGGCUAGGGGGAGAAAAAAAUUAGGGGGUGAAAAUAUAUAGACAUAAAAACAUUAUUAAAAACCAUAGAUUUUAAUUAGAGGGAAACUAAAAAUACAAACUGGGAAAAUCCUAAGGUAUUGUAAAAAAAAAUAUUUUAAAGGAUGGUAAACUUUAACCGAGGUGGUGAAAAUUUUUGUAAAAUACAAAUUACUUUAUAAAAUAAGUAUUACUUAUACUUAACAAUUUCAUGGAGUGAAUGUGUAUUUUUGUUGGUGAAAAUGGUGUGAAAAUAUGUUGAAAAUAAACCCCUCCCCAGCUCUGUCCCUUCAUAGCCCAUUUUAGUCGUAUUCCAAAGAUGCAGCUUUUAUUUUUAAUACGUUAAAGUGAAAAAACUAAAAAUGUCUGUUCAAAAUCAAUUUUCCGUGGUCAACCGAAGCCGUGUUAAAAGAAAGCUUAUUUUGACAGUAUAGGACUGAUAGCAUUGAUGUUAAAUAAUGUGGAUUCACGGAAAAUGAUGUUGAACGUUUAAUUAAGUAUGUAUCUAGGCUAGGUCGAUAUAUCAAAGCCUUCUGUGAAGAUAACCUUAACAUUAAACUAACAUUUUAUUGAAAACUUUGAAUUCUUUACCAUCUGCCAAAGAUUAAAUAAUUACUAGACUUGUUACAAAUAACAAUAAUAAAUAUGAAACCUACUAAACGACAUUGUACUGAAAAGGAAUGGAAGUUGUUUAAAAGUCUAUUUGUUAGUUCUUAAUGCUUUUAAUACAUACCUAUUCGAAUAAGGAGCGUUUUAAUGGUAUUCUGUUUUAAUAUUUAGCUUAUCCUUUAACGAAAAUUUGUAUUUCAAUGCCAAAGAGGAAAGAAAUGAUAAUGUAAAAUAAUAAAGUAAAAACUGUUGUUUCAAACACAGUUGUUACAGGAAAUACAAGUUAUUUUAUUGUUCUUUUAAAUUUUCAACUGUGCUUGAUGUUUUAACAAUAAUAUUAUGCAAAAUAAAUCAAUAAGGUAAAAUAUUAUUUUCUUUUAUACCUAUCUAAGUUUAAUCGAAAAGAGUGGUCCGUUAUAUUAAAAUAUGGUUUUUGAAGUUAUUAUAUUUCACAAAGGAGGUUUGAUACCCUAUCCUUUAUGGGUAAAACCACAGAAUCCAUGGAAAAGUAGGUCACGGGGAAGCGGAAUGGGUAUAUCUUCCUUCCUUAUCUCCCAUCCGGGUUUACCGAUACAGCCAUAAGGUUUUUAUUACUUAAGUGCCAUAGUAUGUUUUUCUUUAAAGAUACGUGAGAUUAUUUAAAAGACGUAAAAGUACUGUGUAUCUAAAUGCGAGUAUAUCGUUGUUUUGAAGUUUUUGUGUAUCUUGUAAAAUGCGCUAUACCUCCUGAAUUAUUUUGCUCCAAAACAUGAGUUCAUAUAAAAUAUUUAAUUAUCCUAAUAUGGGGUAAGAGGGUCUACAUGAUUAAAGAUUUAUAAAAAAAUUGUGUUUCUUUUGGCCCCAAAAGAAAAUAAAGACCCUCUGACCCCAAAAUUAUUUUUGGUAGCAAAUCUAAUAAAUGUUCGAAAAAUAAUUGUUUUAACUACCAUACCUACUGAAAUAACUUGAAAAUGUAAAAUUGAAUGUUAACCUUAGUGUAUAAUGAGUACGUGUAUUUUUUACAGUGUAAAUUAUUCUGAUUUAAAUAAUAAAAUAUAAAAUUACA